AUGAGAAAGGUGGAAUCAGGAAAUACCCAAAUUGAAAAUGGCUUCCAAACAGCAGCUCCAGAGUUUGAUAGAUCAGACAAUUUGUCCCAUUUGUCUGGAUUUCUUCACCGAUCCGGUUACACUGGAUUGUGCCGCUCCUGUAUCACCCAGAGUUGGGAAAAGAAGGAGAUAAACUCCUGCCCGGAAUGUAGAGAGGCGUUUGCGGAAAGAAACCUCAGGGUAAAUCGGGCCUUAGCGAAUCUGGCCGAGGAGGCUCGAAAAUUAAAGCUGGAGCCGAAAGAGACGGAAAGUAAACCUCACUGUGAGGAACAUCAGGAAGAUCUGAAGCUGUUUUGUGAAACUGACAAGAAAUUGAUCUGUCUGAUUUGUAAAGAUUCGCGGGAACACAGAGAGCACCGCUUCCUGCCGAUCAAUGAGGCUAUUGAAAUCUACAAGGAUCAGCUGAAAUCUUCCUUAGAUUCUCUCACAGAGAAGAAAUCGGCGGUUCUACAAACGGAACUGACCCAGAAACGGAAGAUUUCCGAAGUGAGGGAACAGGCGAGCGGUCUGCAGACCCACAUCACAUCCGAGUUCACUAAAAUGCACCAGAUUCUCACUGAGAAAGAGCAGCGUUUACUCAGAGACCUCAGGGAAGAAGAGGAGAGGAUUGUAGAAUCAAUGGAGAAAAACCUUCGAGAGAUUCAGGAGAAUUUAAAUUCUAUUGAAGAGGAACUCUCAAAGUUGCAGAAACAGAUGGAGCAAAAAGACGAGCUGGUAGUCCUGAAGGAUGCGGCUUGUCGGAAGAGAAGGAUUAGUGAUGAACAUCAGCAACUCUCAACUACAGAGUUAGUCCUAUCUGUUGGAAAGUACGCCGGGCCUUUACAGUACACAACAUGGAGAGAAAUGAUAAACGUCAUUCACCCAGCUCCAGCCUCUCUGACUCUGGAUCCGAACACAGCACAUCCCCAGCUCAUCCUGUCUGAGGACCGGACCAGUGUGAGACUCGGAGACAAAUCGCAGCUGCUCCCUGACUCCCCACAGAGAUUUGAUCCCUGGUUUUGUGUCCUUGGAGCAGAGGGAUUCACAUCAGGGAGACAUUACUGGGAGGUGGAGGUGGGGGAGAAAACCCGGUGGGGUCUGGGAGUGGCCCAAGAGUCUGUGGAGAGGAAAAGUGGAAUUUAUCCAAACCCAGGAACCGGACACUGGAUUGUGAGGCUCAGUCCUGGAAGUGGUUAUUUUGCUGCCACCUCACCCACACGGAUCCUCCUCUCCCCACGUGUGAAUCCCUGGAAGAUCGGGGUUUUCCUGGACUAUGAGGCUGGACAGGUGUCAUUUUACAAUGCGGACACCAUGUCCCAUCUCCACACUUUCACCCACACUUUCAUUGAGAGGCUAUUCCCCUUCUUCUAUACGGGACCAAAACUUAACGGGAAAAACUCCGCCCCACUGACGAUCUGCGGGAUUAAAGGGCACUGACAGAUCAGUCUAUAAUUUCGCACCCUCCACCUUGCCCCUGCCAGCUGUAAACUGAUGGAUGUUGAUCUCAGUCACAGGUGGAGAGCGAAGUCAGCUUAGCAUUCCAGAAAUGGCUUUCUUCAACAAAAAAUAACUAGAGAACAGAGGGCUUUGCUCAUCAAAACUGAAUUGACAUCUUAUUAAAGCCAAGAAUAAUAAGCUCAACACAUAUUUUUGUUUUACUCAAUAUUAUUCCACACCUUUUAUUUGAAUGCCAUGUAUACCAAAUUAAUGGCAGAUUUGAAGCCACAUUGAAACAGUAAUCUAUCUUGAACAUCUAUAUGGAGUAAGACUAUAAUGAAGAUUGUGGUGCUGGAAAAGCACAGCAGGUCAGGCAGCAUCCAAGGAGCAGGAGAAUUGAAGU